CCAGCGCCGCAACUUCCAGACCAAAUACUCGAGCGCAUCUUCUCCUACGUUUGCCCGCAUGCAGUCGACCAGACCUACCUCUCGGCGGAGGAAUCGACGACCGAGGCUGGCUGCAUGCUCUGCGACAUGCGAGACCUCGCGCGGUGCGGAUCGGUUUGUCGGAGCUGGCACGAAGUGGCCGAGCGAUUGCAGUACACUUCGAUACGACUGGACUCGGUACACUAUUGCGGUCUGGAGGACGAGCUGCAGACCCGGCGCAAGCGCGGGAGUAUCUUCCAGAAGAAACACGAGCCGCCCAUGGAGGUGCCCGAGAUGCGCAUGCGGCUGCUGUACCGCACGUUCCAGGAAAACGAGCGCGUGGCCUAUCUGGUGCAGUUCGUCAAGAUGCCAUACAUGACGCGGGAAACGUGCAAAGCCGACCUUGCGCGGUUGGUGUCGCUGACUCCUGAGCUGCGGUAUUGCGACGUUCCCGAGGGCGUGUAUUCGGAUGACGCGUCGUGUGCCAGUCUGAAGGCGAUCCUGUACGCUCGCUGUCCGGAGCUCCGGAAAAUGGCCUGGAAUACCGGCAGCGAAAAGAACUUUGUCGACCUCUGGGCGCAAACUCCAUGGCGCAACCUUGAGGUUGUCAAUCUCUCAGCUCUCCGGGUCGAAAACGUGGACCUCGUUCGCGUGCUCAACUCCCUUCCCGCCCUUCAGGACUUGACCCUGAAAGGGCUCCCUUGGAUCUCGGACGCGGUCUUCGACGCCACUCCGAAUCCCGCUGGCCUCUUCCCCGCGCUUGCCAAAUUGGCCGUUGAAGAUGUCACCGCCGCCCUCACUCUCGAAGGCUUCAAGAUGUACCUCAGCCGGCCCAUGAUCGCUGCCUCCCUCACCGAACUCUCCCUAACCAACACCACCAUCGCCCCGCAAUCCCUCCACGAGCUGCUCUCUUGGUGUCCAUCCCUCGAAUCCCUCACCUUCCGUGGCACCGUUGCUCGAACGCUUCCAGCUCCGGAACCGCCGCACCUCAGAUCCCGAACCCUAACAACCCUCCGCUACGAAAUCACCUCUGACGCUUCAUCCAAAUCGCUCGCGAAGCCCACGCCCAGCUACUACUCGUACCUUGCGUCCUCGCUCCUCUCCAGCUCCCUCCCCAACCUCACCUCCCUCUACGUCCGCGAGUCCGAAUUCGCCGAGCGGCUAGCCGGGCACUCCUCGACUCUCUCGCACCCGCUCACGAUCCACACCAAGUCCGCGGAGCAAGACCACCUUGACUGGAGCAAGUUCCUGAUA